CUUAGCUGGAAAAGAUGUCCUCCAAUGCUUUGGCUUGCAUUUGCAAUGUGAUAAAUCCGUGUCGCAAUGAAGUAUCCAAUACUUUUGUGGUAGUCCAAUGGUUAAUUACAGGAUUCGCUGCCUUAGCUCAGGUGGUGAAACCUGUGCUGAUACUCUUUGGUAUACGUGGCGAAAUUGCAUUGAAUCAGGAGGAUUAUAAUAAAACCUGGAUUUAUAUGCCAAAUGGUGAAGGCAAACCAGAGGUGGCCUAUUUAGUAGAACCUCCCCCAGAGAAUCGUAUUAAUUUACCUCAACUAAUACAAUUUGAGUUCUAUGGCAGCAACUCUCCGCAUAGUUCUAGCACAGAUUUUUGGAUCGAUGAUAAUAAUUUUGAUUUUCGUCAGCGUCACAAACGUGACACUUGGCAAGAAAUGGCUGAGAAAUUUAAUCCCGAUUUGGAUACAAAAAUUCUGGUUCAUGGCUGGAAAUCCAGCACCAUGAGCAAUUCAAUACAAUCGAUAAGGGGAGCCUAUAUAGAACGUGGACAGGUUAAUGUUUUCGCCAUCAAUUGGAAGGAUCAGGCGGAUAAUAUCUAUUAUCUGACGCCAGCUAGGUAUACGGUACAAGUGGGUCGGGCAGUGGCCAAGUUGAUUGAUUUGCUGGUAGAGGAAAAGGAUGCAGAUCCCCAAAGGAUUCAUUUAAUUGGACAUAGUCUGGGUGCUCACAUAAUGGGCUAUGCUGGCUCGUAUACCAAAUACAGAGUGUCAAGGAUCACAGGGUUGGAUCCUGCACGACCUGCCUUUGAGGAUUGCAUUGGUCCCGAGAAUCAUUUGGAUGACACAGAUGCCAAUUUCGUGGAUGUCAUACACAGCUGUGCGGGUUAUUUGGGUUUUCGCAAACCCAUUGGCAUGGUCGAUUUCUAUCCCAAUGGCGGCGGACCACCUCAGCCUGGUUGCAAGGAAUUGUCCCAGAUUUUCACUGGCUGUAGUCAUGGGCGUUCUUAUGAGUACUAUGCCGAAUCCAUUAACUCGUCCAAAGGCUUCUAUGGCACACCCUGCUCUGGCUUAGAUGAACUCAAAGGCAAAAACUGUACGGGCGGCAAAUUGCUAAUGGGUGAUCCAGUGCCUCGAGAUGCUCGUGGCAUUUAUUUCGUCAAGACGGCCAACAAGCCCAGCUAUGCCCUGGGAAUCGACGACUUAUGA